AUGGCAUUAAGUAUUGUAGUCAUUCUUUAUCAACUAGUAUCUUGUAUUCACUAUCUACAUCUCUCUCUCUCUCUAUCACUUACCCUAUUCACUCUAUUCACUCUCUCUCUCUUUCAAUCACUUACCCUUAUUCACUCUCUCUAUCAAUCAUUUACCCCCUAUUCAGUCUCUCUAUCACUUGCCCUAUUCACUCUAUUCACUCAAUCACUUAUCCUUAUUCACUCUCUCUCGAAAUCACUUACCCUUAUUUACUCUCUCCCUCUUUCUCAAUCACUUCCUCUAUUCACUCUCUCCCUCUCUAUCACUUAUUCACUCUCUCUUAUUCACUCUCCUUCUUUUUGUGCUUCAUUGUUUUCUUCUUUGUCUUUAUCAUCUAAUUUCUUUCACCCCCCCCGCCCCCCAUUCCUCCUACACAUUUCCACUCCCCACCACUGCACGCAUUGUUACCAAAAACUAUUAUUAGCAUCCCUUGUCUUUUCCUCGCCUUUUGGAAAUCAUUCUCUCCCAAGUAAUCAUUGCCCCAAUCAUUAUCAGCAACAACUCCCCUUCCAAUUCCUUUCUUCUUUUCAUCAUAAUCUUCCAACCUCCUCCUUCAACAAUCAUGAUCACUACAAGAUCAUUUCUAUUUCUUUACAUACAAAAUUGCCAGCAGCAGCAAACUAG